AUGGCGGAUAAUACCGGAAACGAUCCCCGGAGGUCGUUAUGUGGAGUGCCGGAGAAACUUCAGCUUCACAUAGCGAUGCUUACGUUGCAAUUCGGUUACGCCGGAUUCCACGUGGUCUCCAGAGCUGCUCUUAACAUGGGGAUCAGCAAACUCGUCUUCCCUGUUUAUCGUAACAUCAUCGCUUUGCUUCUUCUCCUUCCCUUCGCUUACUUCCUCGAAAAGAAGGAGAGACCAGCGAUCACUCUUAACUUUCUCAUCCAGUUCUUCUUUUUAGCACUCAUCGGAAUAACAGCGAACCAAGGGUUUUACUUGUUGGGACUGGACAACACUUCACCAACAUUUGCUUCUUCCAUGCAAAACUCUGUUCCCGCCAUUACCUUUCUCAUGGCUGCUCUUCUCAGGAUUGAGAAAGUUAGAAUAAACAGAAGAGACGGUAUCUCCAAAGUCUUAGGAACAGCUCUCUGCGUCGCCGGAGCUUCCGUCAUCACUCUCUACAAGGGUCCCACCAUCUACACUCCAGCCAGCCACCUCCACACUCACCUCCUCACAACCAACUCCGCCGCUUCCGCCGUAUUAGCGCCGUUAGGAGACGCCGCGCCGAAAAACUGGACUCUUGGUUGCAUCUACUUGAUUGGUCACUGUCUCUCGUGGUCAGGCUGGCUCGUUUUCCAAGCUCCGGUUCUUAAAUCUUACCCGGCGAGGCUCUCCGUUACGUCUUACACUUGUUUCUUCGGAAUCAUUCAGUUCUUGAUCAUCGCUGCCUUCUGUGAAAGAGAGUCUCAGGCUUGGGUUUUUCACUCCGGUUGGGAGCUUUUCACCAUCCUCUACGCCGGAAUAGUAGCGUCUGGAAUCGCGUUUGCGGUUCAGAUUUGGUGUAUUGACAGAGGAGGUCCAGUCUUCGUUGCUGUUUACCAACCUGUUCAGACUUUGGUCGUCGCUAUUAUGGCUUCAAUUGCGUUAGGAGAAGAAUUUUACUUGGGCGGGAUUAUCGGAGCAGUGUUGAUCAUAGCGGGACUUUACUUUGUGUUGUACGGUAAGAGCGAAGAGAGGAAAUUUGCUGCGCUUGAGAAGGCAGCGAUCCAGUCAUCCGCGGAGCAUUGUAUCGAGCGUGCACCUGUUUCUCGCGGCUCCAUCAAGUCGUCCAUCACAGCUCCACUGCUUCAUCAGUCAACGGACAAUGUUUGA